AUGCACCGUGGUGGACUUCAGACAUCACCGCUGCUGCUGGCGCGUGGCAACACCGGCCCCCAGGUCCUCGGUACUGAGGUCCCAUCCUUUCGCAAUUUCCCGUACCGCGCCCAGGACACGCUGUACCUGUAUCGGCACUUUCUUCAGCUCAUCUAUCACCACUAUGCUCCCGAGGAGCGCAAGGAUCUUCUCUUUCGGCUGCGCAAUGAGUUCUCCAGCAAGCGGCACCUGCGCGGCCCUCGUGCCAUCUCAGCAGCUCUAAAGCGUGGUGAGGGGAUGCUUGCACUGCAGCGCCAACUCCUUCAGUCUCGAGAGGUACGCCGGGGAACGUCGCGCGAUGGUGGGGCGCAGAGUGUCGACGCAUUGUGGGACCAGUUGCAGAUCGUUUCCGGGCACGUGCUGCCUGGCCUCCGCAACUAUGAAAACUCGCUACCUGUCUCGCACGGGGGCUACCUUACACAGGCGAGCGCGAGCAACGUCUACUCAAGGCGCCGAUGA